AGAGGCAGAGGAGAAAGACGAAGAAGAAGAAAAGGGAGGAGGAAGACGAAGAGGUCGAGCAGAUUGAAAAUUUUCCCAGCAUCCUUCCAUUUACGGCAGCAGCAGGAUGGCCGCAGGCUCAGUGUCUCAAGCAGAGGUGGAGACCUCCUUCCAGAAGUUUGCAGUCCAUGGAGACUCUAAGGCCACAGGGAAGGAGAUGAACGGCAAGAACUUUGUGAAGCUCUGCAAGGACUGCAACAUCAUCGACGGCAAGAACGUCACUACUACCGAUGCUGACAUAGUUUUCAGCAAAGUCAAGGCAAAGUCAGCUCGUGUAAUCACAUUCGAGCAGUUUAACCAGGCCCUGACAGAGCUGGCUCCCAAACGUUUCAAAGGCAAAAGCAAAGAGGAAUCGCUCCAGCAGGCCUAUGGUCUCAUUGUUGGUAAGGAGCCUGCCAACGUUGGAAUUACUAAAGUGACCAAGGCAGCAGCAGUGGACAGACUCACUGAUACCACAAAGUACACUGGAGCACACAAGGAGCGAUUUGACGACUCAGGCAAAGGAAAAGGAAAGGCCGGGCGCGAGGACGUCCCAGACAGCAGUGGUUAUGUGGCAUCGUACAAAGGCAAAGGCACUUAUGAUGAAAAAGUGAAAGAUGCAUAAUUCUGCUGAAGGAUUAUGAAAGCUUUGUCUCAAAAAGUUUAAUUAGAAUUGUUAAAAGAAAAGAUUACAUGUAUUGGCUACUCUAUUUUUCAAGACAAAACAAAUAUACUGUAUAUGAUUGGAGUUUCAGUGACAACCAGGAUGAAUAACAUAAAGAAACAAUAUCUUGAAAAUAAUCCAAAGAUAAUGAAAAUACUAAAUUGCAUUAAGAAUGUAGAAAAAAUAUGAUGUAGUGAUGUCCAAAUGAAGCUUCACGAACCAUAAGUAGUUUGUUGGCUCUUGGUUUAAAGUAAAGAAAAUUCAGUUUGUGUUCAACCAGAGAGUGCCAUCGAGUUGGCAAGAAAAAAAUAAAUCAUGAAGCUUCAUUUGGACAUCACUAUAGAAAUGUUCAAUGUGAUGUAGCAUGAACAGCUGAUAGUUUUCUGCAUAUUUUUCAAUGAUUCUGCAGGGACCAAAAGAUGUAACUGUAUUUUAUCCGAGCAUGCUUAAUAGAAACUAACUCUGCUUUGUACUAUAGCUUAACACUGUGCCUUAGUAUUGAUGUAGCCACUAGCAUAAAUGCUCUGAGAUACAGUCGUGCUGCUUUUCUCGCUUAACAUGAUGCAAUGAAUGAUACUUUAGCUGGUUUCAAGAAAUGACUCUGUGUCAAUAGUCACUCCUUCACUUGCUAAGCUUAUCACUUUAUAAUUCAGUGCCUUUUGCUACAUGAGCAAUCAGUGCCCAUUAUUAUUCUGAUAAUGGACUUUUUUCAUGCAUUUAAUUAAUUUCAAAUUUAUAUUGUAUUAUUGGCAUUAUAUUGUGAUUCUUAAUGUUCAUAUAAUGCAGGUGUUCAUGCUGUUUUAUUUUGUUUCAAGGUCAAAUCAAUUAAGAAUUUUGCUUCAUUCCCAAAUUGUCUAAGACAAAAACAAGAUCAUUUUUGAGGUAAAAAUGUACAUACUUAAAUGAAAAUGCAUCAACAUGACUGGUUAUAUUAAAUUACACGAUUUUACAUUUCAGAAAAAAAUAUUUUGUUCAUAAUUUGAAUAUGCAAUAUAAAAACAUUUAUAGGGGUAUACAUUAUUUAAUUUUAGACCCUGCCAUUAGCUUUAACUUUUGUCAAUUCCAAGCAAUUGUAAAUUGUUUUAUCAGGUUGUUAUACAGGAUAUAUAUAUGUAUCUUGCGCAUACUUGUUUUUUGCAGCCAUGCUACCUAUAACCUUGUAGACAUGAUGGAGAAGCAUUUAAAAAAAAACAUUAUUGAUUAGACUUGCUGUUUAUAAUAGAUGACAGGAAAACAUUUAACAACAACAACAACAACAACAACAACAACAACAACAACAACAACAACAAAAAGAGUUUAUUUGCAAUAUCAGAAUAUAAAAAAGACAACAUUUUCUAAAGUAUAUGUUGUCAGUUGUCAGUGAAUAACUGUAAAAGCAAUGAAGACUAAAGAUAAUAACCUUCACCUGAGACCUGAUAUUUUCCAGAAAUAGCUUGGAUACAAUUUCACCACAUAAAAGGCCCUUGUGGAACAAUAAACAUUCAGCAUACACUCAUCCUUCUACCUUGACCCUCCUAGUAAUGUGAUACUGAUGGCAUUUAUGGGUGAUUCAUAGGAACCACUUUAACAAUGCUCAUCAUAUAGUAUACAUGUUUAAAGAUAGCUUACCUUCUCCAGAUCUCACACUAUAGUCCUGAGCUGAUAAGCAUCACUGGGGUUUUGUGUGGAUAGUGCCAUUGAAUUUCAUAAUAGUGUGUAUUCCUUGUAUUGCCACCCUUGACUCAUGAGUCACUGUAAUCACUCCAAGAUCCCAAUAAUGAAGAAAUAAUCCAAUAAAUGAAUGCCAAAUAGUAGA